UGGAAGGAAAUAGAUACAAGCAAACGCAUGUAGAGCAAACAUGCUGACACAUAGUCAAGCAAGCAAGCAAACUGACAGAAAGAACAUUUUGCACCGUAAGUGCCAUUAACUACAGGGACCAGCUAUCUUCUUUUUAAUAUUUUACACACAAGGAAGCGACCUUUCCCUCCUGCCAUUAAAAUCUUUUUUUUUUUUUUGGUUGUUAAAUAAGUUAUACAUAUACGAGUGUAUGCAUCAUUACCCGUAGGCGACUUGUAAACCCCGCUCGCGAACCUUCUCUCUUCCUUCCGAAUAAGAGCAUCUAGACGAAUCCCUCACACUUUCUCCCUGGGACACCAUCCCACUCGCUUGGCUUGUUACAGCAAACAGGGAGACGUCAAACACGACUAAUUUCUCGUCUGUUAGGAUCGGUGUUAGCCCCGUGGUCCCCCUCCCUGUGAAGCCCGGCAUCGCUCGUCUGCUCCUAUUGUUCCCACCAGGAGUCAGGUUCCAGGAGGGCGUGGCUCCGCAAGCCCGAUCCCCCAACCUCCCCCUUUCUUGUCACGCCGACGGUCGAAGAGCUCGGGUGCUGUAGCCCCGCCCACUGGAGGAGAUUGACUGACAGAGGCGCGAGAAGUCGUCUGGCAAGAGAUGAGAAUUAAGCGAAGACGAGGUUGACAGGGUGAAGGAUGCCAUGAAGUUGCGGUGCGUUUGUGCCGUGCCGGCGGAGCGCAACCUUGCUGUCAAAAUGGUGUGACAAGUCACCUUUUCACCCCCCGAGUGUUCAUGUUGGGCUGUUGCUAAACACGGGAGGAGGAGGAGGAGGACAGACGUGGACGACUGGUCUCUCAAGCUUUCUCAACCUCGGACACUUGGCCAUUCAGUCUUGAAGCUCAACCCGAGGUAGCAGCUGUUUGCAGAAAACUUACUUCGACUACCCGGCUGACUUCGACUGGGGGACAUUCCGGGUAAAGGGGGGAACCUUCGUCAUUGGUAUGUGUGUGUGAGAUCCCGUUGUUUACAGCCUCACCCUCGGUGUCUUCUCGACGACGAUUUGGAACCGAGGGGCUUAACGAACAUUGCGCUUCCUCGCGGAGAGCUUUCAGAAUGAUGACUGUAGGCGCAAUAAUUUAUAAUGCACUUAUGCGACGACUGUUUGCACGAUGAAAGGGAGAAUUUUACAGUUGAUGUGAUUUUCAAUUGAGCUUCGAUCGACGUAGGAAUCAAGUGGAUGAGAGGUGACAUCAUAUCUUGUUCAAGGCUCAGAAACUCAAAUUACGUCAAAGCCUCUGUUGCUAGGUAAACAUCAUUAAUAAACAAUUCGAUUAGUUAGAAUAAAAAAAAAAAAAACAGGUGAAAGAGGAAAACAAGGAACAUCUGUGGAACACGAAUGCGAAGACUUGACAGUUCAGUGAAAGACGUGUUCAGAGCAAACUUACCUUGCCUCACCUGGUCUUCUGACGAUGUGAUUAACUGUAGGGAUAUGGGCAGAAACACCGGCAAGAAAGCGACUACUGCAAAUGAUAAGUCUGUUCGUAUUUAGUGAGCUCCACCCUUUAAAGUAAACAACAGCCAACAGAGUGCUCCUGAAAGAGGCCUUGCCAUGCCGAGACCGGGUAGAAACAGCUACGAGGAGCAGAAGCCUCCGUACUCCUACAUUGCCCUCACUGCCAUGGCGAUUCAGAGCUCGCACGAGAAGAUGCUGCCUUUGAACGAGAUCUACAAGUUCAUCAUGGACAAUUUUCCUUUCUGAAAGAACACUCAGCGCUGGCAGAACUCCCUCCGCCAUAACCUGUCCUUUAACGACUGCUUCAUCAAGAUCCCCAGACGCCCGGACCGCCCCGGCAAGGGCAGCUACUGGGCCUUGCAUCCCAUGUGCGGGGACAUGUUCGAGAACGGCAGCUUCCUGCGUAGGAGGAAGCGCUUCAAGCUGUUGAAAUCCCCGGGGAAUCUGUCGCAUGGAGUGGACCCAGCCUUGAGCUUAAAACCAGGUCUGCAGCCCUCGGCCAGCUUCCUACAAGAACAAGCAAGGCUGCGAUUGCAGCAGUGGGGGGCUGCCACCGGCGCCAGGUUCCAGCCGUACCCGUUGUCCCCCAUCACGCCGUCCUCGGAGACCAUCAUCAGUAGCUUCCAAACCUCCUUUUCUAUCGACAGCAUCAUGGCACCCGACUUCAAGUCCCAGGCACCUCGAUUUCCACCCCAGCCCGGCCUGCUGAGUCCUACCUGCCGGCCUUCAGUCACUUGGCCAGCGGCAUUUCUCAGGCGGCUUUGAUGGCGUCCUACGCAGCGUCCAUGGAACUGUCUGGCCCACUGGGGUCACCCCUUGCUCGGCUGCCGGGUCGCUCUUGUCUAGAGUGUCUCCAUCGGACUUUCCCUUGUUAAAACACGACAUCAUGCCUCCAGCGGUCCCUGUGCCGAUAAAACCCUCUCCCAUCAACCCCCUGGCUGCCCUUCACGGAGCAGGUGUGGCUCCUUCCGGGGCACUGGCAAGGGUGGGGCUACCCUUGUCCCUGGCAUCCUCGCUGGCAGUAGGGAGGCCCCACCACGGCAUUUUCCUUGACAUCCGUGCCCAGCUUCUCGCCGGUGGAGUGUUGCGCGCUGGUCAGCAGCCUGGCUGAGGUCGGGGCAUCAGUACUGACCAGAGGCUCUCACCUGUCCAGAGACAAUGCCUCUGCUCUGGCACUGGUGUCCAGCGUGAUGGACAGGGAAUCUUCCGGUGCCGAUCGCUCACUUCCGCUUCCGGUAGUUCGUCUGCCGUCGCCGUCGUCUUCUGAAAGCUGACACCUUUCGUCGAUGUCGGACAAUGAACGGACCUGACCCUGACCCAUCUGCUGUUCGCGACUUUUGUGCUGAAGAGCUCGCAAGAAGUUGGUGACAGCGUCGACAAGGCGCGGGUCGCAGACUUGGCGAAAAUCCUCUUCCCUUGUUCUUCAGCCACUGGCCAGGUCUCCUGUGCCCCUGGUCGGUAUCAUCAAAACAACAUCUAGAACAAGCCGACGCUGACUCCUUCAAACAAUUAGUGUUUCUCUCUGACGGACCCCUUUCACCGCCUUAAUCCAGACUUUGCAUAAGCAAUGCAGUUUGUCCCCUCUUUCAUUUUGUUUUACAUCGUAAACAGACAGGGCCAAGUGCCAGGCGAAACCCGUCUCCAGGAGAACAUUAACUCGGAGAGGGUUAGGCGGACGUUUGGUCUUAAUUAAAGGGGGAUUACUCGCAAUGGUGGCAUUUCUCACUGGAGGAGGAUGCCUGUCAGAGCCUCUGGCGUAUGUGAAAAACCUUCAUUUUGUGUGUAGCUCCACUCCAACGCACUCCUUGGCCAAACUCUACAGGAGGAAUCUUCUACUAGAGGUAUAAACAUAACUUAUUCCUCUCUUCCACCAUCCGAGUGUAGCUCGUCUAUCCAGGUUUGUCUCCCGCUGUUAGCUGAUGUACAAAAUAUUUCCUUCUAGUAUUUGAUUAUUUAUUGAGGUAAGGUUCAGUUGCAGUGAUUUUAGUAAGUGUAUGGUUGUCGUUUUUAGUUUAAAAAAAUUAAGGAUCUUCUGGCUGGAAGUACUGAAACAGUAGUGUGUUUAUUUAAUAAUACUGAACGAGAGAGAGAGAGGAAGAGAGACAAGGGAGAGAGAACGGUGGAUAGAGAUAACUGAUAAUCAACCUAAAACAGAGCUGAUUUGGAGGAAAGAGCUGGCAUAAUUAUACUGACAUGAUAUUCUCUCUUUUGAACCAGAAUGGAAGUGCUCUGUCUGUCUCUAAGGUGCAGACAAAUUACACGCAAAUAGAAAUAAUGUAAAAUUUCAGUUUGGAAGUUUCCUUUCGAGUGGUGAUGUAUUGGCGUCUGGACCUGUAAUUGUCAAGACUUUUGACUACAUGGUGUGUGUGUUUUCGCUUCGUGUAACAUCCUCCAUUUUGUAAACCUUUUUCCGUAUACCUUGCAGAACCUUGAUUAUAAACCAUCCCCAAUAAAACACUACAAGACUCCCUCACGGUAUGCAACAAAAACAACAGGAUUGAUCGACUUGACUAAUCAACCAGGCUAUAAAAAGCAUAAAAACAAGUAACAAUUGAAAUGUUUUAAACAGCAACAAUAAAAUGAUGGUAAAAUUUGGCAUAGCGCCUUUGGAAAGACCAUUUCUCUAUCUGUUUCUGCGCAUGACAAUCUGUGCGUUCUGUUUUGUUUUAUAAAUGAAUGUGAUCCUAAUUUGUACCGGAAGAUAAAUCACUAGUGAUGUACCAAAAUAUUUAUCAACAAAUGGCUGAUGCUCGAUGUGAGGUACAUUUUCCCCAAAUCUGGAUGAAUAAUCCCUUUAGUUCUUGACAGACACAUGUACAAACAUCUGCCAGGAGUCAACAACACUGACGUCACGAUUGUACACGGAGACGGUUAUGUUGUAAAGGUUUCAGCUGUACAGCAGGGAACAUAAUGUAAACUUGACAUAUCCUGACUUCAUGAUUUCUACCUUUUUCUGAAUAAUUUGAUAUUUGUAAAUGUUUACCUCGGAAACAAACAAGGAAUAUUCAUCCAGUUUCUUGAGGACAGAGCGUCUGACACCGAGCUUUACAACAAUCAGUAGAAACAUAUUUCACGAAUCUGUCAACAAAAUGCUACACAACAUUGGAAACUGCUGUGUUGUGUUCGAAUUUUUCUGCACAUCUCACGGAGCUGUCCCAAAUGUUUUCUCACCACAGAUCAGUCUGCCAGCAAACAUCUCCAUAAUACUUCCCCGCGUUGACACAUUCCCCUGACAAGUAAAGUACACUUGUGUGAGAUUUCCUCGCAAACUGAAAGGCAAGUUCGACAUAGACUGGCAGCCAGACCCCAGAGUUCCGGACUGAUAAUUAUCAUUAAGGUGCCUUUUUCUUUGCUGCUGAUCGUGGGUGGAUACUAUAUCUGUCAUUGUUUCCCUCUUUUUUUGUAUUUUGUUGCUCUUACACGCGUGAUCGUAAUAAUUUAGAAAUUUAUGCUGCUGAUGCCCAAUAAUUCGUUAGAAUUUUUAAAUAUUUUCUCUGGUUACUGGAAGUACACCCACCAUUUCCAUUCUAUUGCACGGGAGUAAGGCUGUUCACCAGACAGGUCAAGAAUGUUGUCAGAAAUCCUGAUCCUGUUGUAUGGGUUCAAUCUUCUAUACGUGUGACUGCCAGUCUGUACUAGCAGAACUGAUCACUUUUUUUUUGUUUUUUUUUUGUUGUUGUAAAAAUAGAAUCUGUUUCUCAUAUCAUGUGGCUUUAUCUGCCGGGUUUUUGUAGAAAUAUUUCUCAGACAACAUUAUUUAGCUGUUCGCCUUCUGAAUUGCGUCUCGUCAGGCUGAUAAACACGUUUCGCAUUCUGCUUUUUCUUGUUUUGUUUUUGAAUAUCCAGGGCUAUCGGGACUGUUUAAUGUAACACAGUUCUAUUACACAGUGUUCGUUCAGUACCCUCCUGUCAGACCGCUGGUGGUCCAGUGGUUCAACCGUGAAGCGCUUGUCAUCAGAUCAGCGAUGAUCGGUUAUCGUUUGUUCAUACCUCGGGUAUGUUGUUCUUUCUCUAAAGGUGGCAAGUGUUUACAUGGGCGACAUUGUCGGUGUCUUUAUUUUAGACAUAUCUACCCGUAAAACACAAUUCUAGCUCAGCAACCGACCCUAACACUACGAUUGUCUGUAUCAGGUAACAUUUUCAAAACGGAUUUCAUCACCGUACGAACUUCUUUCGUGCCGCCAUGUGGCGCCCUACUCGGUCAUUCGGAAGGAGUCGCAUACACCUACAGACAUUAUAGAACAUAGACAUUCAGCUAUGUCACGAUAAUUAAAUUUUUUUACAGGCGUCGUGGGUAUGCGAAGGAAUGUGAAAUUUUAUUAAAAUCAUCCUCUGACCAAAGCCUAUGUUUUGUUGUUGUUUUUGUUGUUUUAAAUGAUAAAUAAAUCAAAUAAAAUUC